CUGAAUUUAAAGUGCAAAAACUGAAUGUGUUUUUAUUUGGUAAUGAACAGAUGCACGUAUUUAAACAGAGAAAAAGGGUAAGCUUCGCAUGAUUCGUUUCCCAAUAAUCUGAUGUACUAGAGCCAUGCGCCACAUUUAUGUAUUACAUUAUUUCUUUAUUUUUUCACCUUUUUCUUCUUCUCUUUCCACAAAGUCAUGCAGGCAAUUUCUGUCCUUGCUUAUUUUUUUUCACUCGUAUUUAUUAUUUAUUCAUGGCGAAUAGCCAAGCCACAUUUAACACAGGAUGGAUUUGUACUCUACCAAAUACCCCGAUCCUCUUGGACUAUUGCCUUUCCACAGCAAGCCAAAAAGAAGCAAUAUGGAUAUUUUCUCCAUAUCACAGAUAUGCAUAUAGAUGAACAAUACAAGGAAAAUGCUACAAUUAAAUCAGCUUGUCACAAGGUAGCACGUAAAAUGACUCAGUCAACUGCCGGGAAGUGGGGUUCUCCAGGACAAAAGUGUGAUGCACCUUUCCAACUGGCAGAACAGACACUUGACUGGAUAUCAAAAGAAUGGCUAGACAAGUUAGACUUUGUCAUAUGGACAGGCGAUAAUGCAAAACACAACUGGGAUAAGAAAAAUAACAAAAGAAAGCGAAAAGAUGUAUACGGACUGAAUCAACGCAUGACAGAUUUGAUGCUGGAUACCUUUAAAAAUAUUCCUGUUAUUCCUAGUUUUGGUAAUAAUGACGUCUUUCCUCAUAAUCAGAUAGGAGGUCCUGAUAAAGAUGGGGACUUGCUUGAUUUUUAUGGUACACUUUGGAACCAUUGGAUACCCCGUUCACAACGCUCAACAUUCCGUCAAGGAGGUUAUUUCAUGAUUCAGGUUACACCAAAUAUGUAUGUCAUUUCAUUAAACACCAUGUACUUUUAUAACAAGAACAAGGCCGUACAAAACUGUAAUCGUGCAAGCAGCCCAGCCCAUAUACAACUCAAGUGGCUCGAACGACAGCUUAGUAUGGCUCGAAUGAAAAAUGCUAAAAUAUACGUGACCGGUCAUGUCCCUCCAUCUCCCCGUGAUUACAGGAACAGUUGUCUAUCACAGUUUAUGCGAAUCGCAUCAGAUUAUACAGACGUCAUUUUAGGUCAUUUCUUUGCUCAUCUCAACAUGGAUCAUUUCCUUAUCUUUGAUGGUAAGCGUCAGGAGGUCUCUACCCAAAGAGACAUUAGUGCCUACGCCGAUUGGUUGUACAGCAUGUACCAAAGCAUAGAUAUCAACUUUAUAUCCCCACCCCCGCUUGUUGUCAUACAAGUGGCACCAUCUAUUCUACCUGUCUAUUAUCCCACCUUCCGUAUUUAUCAGUAUGAAGUCAAUCAAACAGACCGAUUGGGCCAUCUGCUAGGCUACGCACAAUACUACUCCAAUUUGACUAAAUGGAACUCACAUGACCACUUGGAAUAUGAAUUAGAAUAUACCACCCAGGAUGCAUACCAUAUGCCUGAUUUAUCUGUGGCAUCAUAUUAUAAUCUGGCCAAGGCCAUGGUAACAAACGAUUCUCAACAGAACGAGCUAUGGUCACUUUACCGUGAACAUAUGGUGAUCAAGACUAUAAAUUUCACAGACUAUGAUGACGAUGAUGAUGACGAUAGUAUAGUUCAUUAAUAAAAACACAUACACUUUUCAACCAGUUUCUCUUGUUGGUCUUUAUCUGGUUGAGGUGUCUAUGACUCUGCCUCUCCACAAUAUUAAAGCUAGCUGAAGAAGACUAAAAUAUACACUCAAGUCACACUGACAACACUUUAAAAUGCUUUAUCUUUACAUGUCCUUUCUUUUUUAUAACAUCCACGCUAUCGAUCUGACAAUACCCACCCUUGUAAGAAUGAAGCUUUUGUAUAAAUAUCCCAUUUAAUACAACAAUAAGAGUUGAAUUCCCAUUUGUAUGCUUGGUUUCUCACUUUUUGUCAGAUUAAAAGAAUAGAGGCUAACAUGCUUUUUUCUAAACUGGGAACAAAUAUACCAUUGAUUCAUAACACUCUAUCAUAUAUUUUAGUGCCCCAAGGAAGCGUCCGUAGCAUUAGC